AUGACGCUGUGCCGGACGCGGACUCAUCGGUGGGCUUUCGGUUGUCGUAGAACACAGUUCGUCAUGGCCGUUCUGCUGUUUUCAACAACGGUAGUCGUUAAAUCGCUCGUUUCGCUCCAAACAUCAACACGUGUGCGAGGAAAGAACAAGCAUGAAGUGUUUGAGUUUUUGGCGACCCCGGCCAAUUGGCCGACGAUCGUCUUGUCGUCAUGGGAGGUUCGUGGAAAUGCCAAGGACCGCCUCCUAAAGAGACGAGACGUUGUAGCGGAGAUUUUUGGGCUACCGCCGGUACUGCCCCUGUCGGUGGAAUGGCAGUGCGUGGAAGCCAACGAGAAGAAAGGUAUCCUAGAUAUGCGUUCACCUUCGGGUGUCGAUGGUCUGGCGUCGGACUGUCGUAUGCUCUUUGAGAUUCAAGAAGACCAGGACAAGAGCAGUACCAUCUCGGUGCAGCUCACCAUGGAAUACGUGCCGAACAAUUGGUUGGCGCAAUUCGCAAUUCCAAUUCUUACUGUAGACAACGCGUUGGCACUCAAAGUAUUGUUUCCCAAUGCGCUCCGAAGUGCUGGGAGGACGGCGUUGAACGACUUCCGAUCGCUCAUGGGUGUGCUCUACGGUGUUGCUGGUCUCGCGCAUCUGGCCGAUUGCGUGCUGGGUUCAUCUCAGCUCUUGCAAGCCUCUGGAAGUGCGGGAUUUUACAAUCUACCGUUGCCUGGACAGUGUUUCGCGCUACUAUGGUGCGCCGCGGGGCCUGUGGCGUUCGUUGCGUCCCGGAAGGGUGUGGGCGACUACGGAUUGAUCGCGUACGGCGCGAUCGAAGUCACGGGGGCCGGUUUUCUGGAUGCUACAGCAGCGACCUCAAUAGCCAUAGUUGACGGUGUAAACCCGCUACUGAACGCCGUUGCCGUGCAGGCUAUUGUGGGAGCCGCGUGGUUAUAUGCGUCGCAAAAGAAAGACAAACCCGAGCCUCUCUCUCGGUAG